AUGCCUGAGGCGGGCGUUUCUUUGCUUUGAGGCACGCCAAGAGUUGCCGCAUUGGGCUGGUUAGGUCCUCACCGCCCCGGUUAGUCAUCAUGCGAUAACGGUCUAGCUCCGGCAGAAAAAAAAAGUUGGUCUAUUCCGCUGGGACUGAAGUUGGUAUACACAGCUCACCACGACAAGUUUUAUUGGACAAUUUUCCCUCAUUAUUCAAACAUGGGUAAGCGCAAGAUCGACGAGACUGUCAAGGAAUCCCAGGUUUCUGGGAAGCCCUCCAAGGUGGUCAAAUCUACAACAAAAAGCUCGAAUUCCGGCAGUCCUGCAGUCACUGUGCAAAUAGUCACUGGCUCAUAUGAGCGAGUCCUACAUGGCUUCACUGCAGGAGUUCCUUCAUCUUGCCUCUCAUCUGAUGAAACCAAGGAAUCGGCUUCCGGUGAUUCUGUGGAAUUCAUGGAUUCGUUUUUGUUUGAAGCCCACGCUUCUGCAAUCCGAUGCCUCGCUUUGUCCCCGCUCCCAAAGAAGGAUUCGACAGAACCACCAAGAGUUAUCCUAGCUAGUGGCGGAACAGACGAACGCAUCAAUCUGUAUUCCUUGUCUGCCUCGCCUGCAGCCGUGAAUGAGCAAUACCCAUCGGUCGCGACUCUCAUUGGCAACAAGGUUCUCGAGAACCCCAAGAACCGCGAACUGGGUUCCUUGUUGCACCACUCUUCCAGUAUCUCCGCUCUAUGUUUCCCUUCGCGCUCCAAGUUCAUGGCCGGCGCAGGGGAUAACACCAUCUCUGUUACCAAGACUCGUGAUUGGUCCGUGGUUUCCUCGAUUAAAGCUCCUCGCCCCAAGGUUCAGGGAAGACCCAGUGGUGAUACGGCGCCUCCGGGAGACGCACCCUCGGGUGUCAAUGAUUUUGCGGUACACCCCAGCAUGAAGCUGAUGUUGAGUGUUGGACGAGGAGAAAAGUGCAUGAGACUCUGGAAUCUGGUUACAGGAAAGAAAGCUGGCGUGUUGAACUUCAGCAGGGAGAUGCUACAGGGCGUCAAAGAGGGCAAAUGGAGCACCGGAGAAGGCAGAAGGAUUCUGUGGAACUCCAAGGGCGAUGAGUUUGCCGUUGCAUUUGAGUGGGGAGCUGUUGUCUUUGGAAUCGAUUCAACCCCAACCUGCAGGAUCGUGCCAGGCCCUCGGAGUAAAAUUCACCAGAUGAAAUAUGUCGCGCUCGACCCAUCAGCGGAAGAUGGAGAGGAAUUGUUGGCCGUUUCCACUGAAGACGGCAGGGUUAUCUUCUUCUCGACUAAGAAACUACGAGAGUCAGAAGAGGAGGAGUGUUCCCUUCCCUAUGGUGAGGCAGUUGCUCAGCUUGGUGGUAAGCCAGCUGGCCUACCAGGAAGAGUCAAGGACUUUGAAAUUCUUAGCCUCAGAGACGAGUCCGUUGCUAGGAAAGACGAUUUUUUGGUGGUAACUGGCAACAGUGAUGGUAUUGUGCGAGUAUGGAAGCUGAGUGGAAAAGACCUUACGGGGCAGAGCAAGAAGAAGAAGGGCAGCAAGUCCAAGGAUGAAAACUCUUCGGAUGUCCGUCAAGUGGGUGCGCUCUUGAGCACUCAUGAGACGAACAACCGGAUCACUUGUCUCAAAGCAUUCGUCAUGCUGGCUCCUGAGGAUCCCUCGACGCUUGAAGACUCUGAGGGUGAUGAUAUAUCCGAUGAUGAAUUGAGUGCAGAGUCUUCCAGUGAGGAAAGCGAUGCUGAAUAGAGGCACAUCAUUGAUGAUGCUUUAUCUACGACUACCUGUCCUAUAUACCCAUCAUGUUGAUAGAGAGAAAAGUUAAGAAUGUAACGAUAUAUUUGAGGCUAAACCCUAAAUCCACCAACUUUGAACCCAAGUAUAUC